AUGGCAAAUAGCAGCACCUUCGACCUAUUGCUCUACUAUGGAGGUCAAUUUGAAGAAAUCAAUGGCGGUAAGGAUGGAAUCGAUUGCUACGUGGGAGGUUUUGCAGUUGGGAGGUAUGGCUUAGACUUAGAUUUAUUCGGCUAUUUUGACCUCAAGGAUGAAGUAGAUAAGCUAGGUAUAAAAAACUGGAAUGGCUUGUGGUAUGUGAAACUAAAAAAUAGUACCCGGGAAGAGAUUGUAGAUGAUAAAGGAGUCAUGUCAAUGUUAAGUGAUGUUAGUGAUGAUUACAGGCACGUAGAUGUUUUCAUUGAGGGUGGGGAUAUAUCUGGUGUUAGUGCUGCUAAUAGAGAGUUUGAAAAUGUAACUAGGGAGUGUGAGGGCAGGGACCCUGAUGAGAUCUUGAUAGACAAUUAUAAUGGGGAAGAGAGUGAGGGUGGUGAGGAUGAUGACUAUGAUCCUGUAGAGAGUGAGGGUGGUGGGGAUACUGAAGUCAGUUUAGGUGACACAAAUUCAGGAGAUGAUGAGUUAAAUGAGAGUAGGAAGAAGUUAAAGGAGAGUAGGAAGAAGAUAAGAGAGAAAGAUCCUGUCUUUAGUCACAUUGAUGAUCCAGAGCAAAAUUUCAAUGAGUUAGAGGUGAGUGGGAAUAUUUCAGAGUAUGAAGAGAGUGAUGGGUAUGUUAAUACUGAUGAGAGUGAGGGUGAUGCUGAGACCAGUAAGCUUAAGUCUAAGAUAAAGGUUUAUGAUCCUACUUGUGAUCAUAAAACCUUAGAAUUCCAACUAGGCAUGAGGUUUGACAAUGGUUGGGUUUGUAGAGAUGCAUUGAAGACAUGGGCUAUAGAGAAUGGAAAGCAUAUUAGAUUCAAGAGAGUGAGUGCUGAUCAAUGCGAAACCAUCUGCAAACCUCCCUGUAAAUGGAGAGUUUAUGGGUCUAUUGUUGGUGCUACAAAGACUUUCAAGAUAAAAACUUUGGGUAAACAACAUUCUUGCAGUAGGGAUAUGAACAACAAAUUGGUGGGUUCGAAGUGGAUUGCCACAAAGUAUCUCAAUAUCUUUCGGUUGAGGCCCAACAUUUCAGUUGAAGAAUUGAAGGCUGACUUGUGGGAGAGGUUUAGUACCCGAGUUGGUGUUGAUAGGCUGUAUAAAGCUAGGUCUUUAGCUAGAGAGAUGGUGAGGGGCUCAGUGGAUGAGCACUAUGGUAUGCUAAGGAGAUACUUAGCUGAACUUAGGAGGGUUGACAAGGAUGACAGGUAUGAAUUGCUUGUUGGGGAAGAAAACAUUUUCAAGGGCUUGUAUAUUGGCAUUUCACAGUUGAUAGGUGGGUUUAUAAGGGGAUGUAGGCCAAUAAUUGGUCUUGAUGGUUGUUUUUUAAAGACAUACUUGGGAGGUAUCCUCUUGGUGGCAGUUGGCAAGGAUGGGAACAACCAAAUGUUCCCCAUUACUUGGGCAAUUGUUGAGAUAGAAAACCAAGAAUGUUGGACUUGGUUUCUGAAACUUUUGUUCUUUGAUUUGGGUAUUCAAGAUGGUGAAGGUUGGACCUUCAUCUCUGAUCAGCAAAAGGGGUUGGAAAAUGCAGUAGCCAACCUGGCUCCAAAUUCAAUUCAUAGAAACUGUGCAAGGCACAUUUACAUGAAUUGGAAAAAAAUUCAUAAAGGCUCAACCUUGAAGAGUAUUUUGUGGAGGACAGUGAGGGCUACCACCGUUGCAGAUUUCAAGAUGGCACUACUUGCAAUGAAGAAAGAGAGUGCAGAGGCUUUUCAAGAUUUCAUCUCAAGGCAUUUUCACAAAUUCUGUAAGGCCUACUUCUCUACUACCCCUAAGUCUGAUGCACUUGAUAAUAACAUCAGUGAAACUUUUAAUGGUUUCAUAUUAAAUGCAAGGGGUAAACACAUAAUCCAUAUGUGUGAAGAGAUUAGGACCUAUAUUAUGAGUAGACAAGUGAAGAAGCUAGAGUUAGUCAAAGAUAGUGUUGAAGGAAUCUGUCCAAAUGUGAGAAAAAAGCUUGAAAAACUUAGGUUUGAGAGCAGGAAUUGUAUAGCAUUUCCAGCUGUUGGUUGUAAGUUUGAGGUACAAUUGCAUGCGGAUAGAUUUGUAGUUGAUGUAGAAGAAAGGGUUUGUGCUUGUAGGGUGUGGCAGUUGACUGGUCUGCCUUGUGUACAUGGCAUCUGUGCCAUCCAAUAUAUGGGGAGAGAGGUGAGUGAUUUUGUUGAUGACUACUAUUCUGUGGGUAAAUACUUGGAGGCAUAUAAGGUUGGGGUAGAGCCUAUUAAUGGCCAUUUGUUGUGGCCAGAAGUAGAGGGGUUCACUGUGAAGCCUCCAGUGGUUAGGAGGAUGGCUGGUAGACCUAAGUUAAAAAGGAAGAGAGCAGCCGAGGAAUCUGACCCCAAGAACCCCCAUAAACUGAGAAGACAUGGUCAAGUGAUAAGAUGCAAGAACUGUGGCAUGGAAGACCAUAACUCCAAGACUUGCAAGAAUGAAAAAGUCGAGAUGCCUAAACCUGACAAGAUUAUAUGUGAUGUUGAUUGUGGCAUUGAUAAUAUUCAUGAGGCUUUGUAUCUUUUGAAAGAUUUAGCAUGA